AUGUGUCUGCAAAGCAAGGUUGUCGAGAUCAUCGAUCUUGAGGCGCACUCCCGAGGCGUUCCCAUGCAGAAGUGUCCCUAUGGGACUAUUGCCGUGCCAGCGCAUGUGGUGCAGUUUUCGAUGGCCGAUGAAAGCCCGGAACGCAAAGACGGCGUGGAAAUGUUGGCAACGCAGGCACAAAAGCUCGCCCGGAUGUUGACACCGGAGCAGGAAUAUGGGCGCGACGUCGCGACCAUCGUGUUUUUCUCGGCGCUUCUCCUCGUCUGGCUAGUGGUCUGCGGAGUUGCCAUGGCGAUGGAGUUGGUGUUGUGGAAUUUUCAGCUGCAGGCGGGUGAUGACGACCUCAUGACCUGGUACGAAGAUGCCGCUGGCGACACCCUGUCCCGUUGCGACUCGAAUGUCAGUGCUCUCGAUUGCUGGUACACCGACGAGCUGGAGUCAACGGCGAGUGACGUCUCGGGAAGCACGACUACCACGACGUGGACGCACGUCAGCCACGGGCGAUGGCUCAAGCAGUAAAAGGAAGACCUCCAAGAACAUACUCACAGCUAAAAAAGUGAUGUUUCUCUCAUGAUUUUCUCUAAACAUCUUCACAGCACUCACCACGACACUUUCUCUCCACAUUACAGUUUCGCACUGCAAAUAUCUGUUCGCAAAGUACAACACGUUUAUUCAUAUCAGAUACCCAACCCUUCUAGUAGCCUCAUGAAAGACAGAUGCGCCCUUUUCAAAUUUUGUUUUAUACGCAAACAAGAACUACGCGAAAGCGUUUGCCUACCAUCAUUUUCUCGUAGAGACCCAGAAUAAAUAUUCACCAGAUUACUUCUCCAGUGGAGCCAGUCCUGAUGCAUGUGUACAUAAGAGGCUCGGAAAGCAUUCUACGCCUAACAAGGAUGUUGAUUCUAAACCGAAAACUUGCAAACACAAAAAAAAUACUAAAUCAAACUCCCCGGCGUUGCGUCUGUCUGCUCCUAUAUAGGCUUAGCCUAGUCAUCGAGGGCAAGCCGGAUUUUUUUUUGUCUCGUCGGAACUGGUUGCUUUUGUUGAGUCUACAAGCGUCCCAAAGUGGUCAGAAACAAUUCGUCCUUACACACAAACUUGCUGAAAUAAUGAUCAUGAUAACAAUUAUUUUCGUCCGUGCGAGUCCGUCGUGCUCCCCUUCGUUCGUACCAGUGCG